UUAAUGUAAUUAGGAGGAGGAAAGGGGGAAUUAUGGAGAUUUAAGGAUAUAAAUUGGAGAUGGAAAAUGCAAAAAGAAGGUGCAUCGGGAUAUAACUGCAAACGCUCUUUCCCUGUGAGACAUAAUAUGUAUUAUUCAACUGAAUUUCCCACCAAAAUUACACUGCUCUUCUCUCUACUUUCCUAACCAUAUUUCAGUAACCACCUCCACCACCGUCCACCGCCCUACCUCCUCCGUCUUUCUCUUCAACAACCCAUCCAUCUCCGACGCCCCAAAAGCAGCUUUUCUUUUCUGAUUUUGUGAAAAUGGCAAAAUCUUGGACUCUUUAUGGCUCAUUUUUCGUCUUCUUCACCAUCAUCAUACUAAAUUCCUUGCCCCUUACACAGUCUGAGCAGAGUACGAGUUAUAUGAGGUUUGUGUUCAAUGCGACGGAGUUCCCACCGGAAGACUAUUAUGACUACAUCGUUGUGGGAGGUGGAACCGCCGGCUGUCCACUGGCGGCGACAUUGUCGGAGAAGUACCGAGUUCUACUUCUUGAAAGAGGCGGUGUUCCAUAUGGAAGGCCUAAUUUGAUGACCCAAGAAGGGUUUCUCACGGUACUCACUGAUGUUGAUGAAUUUGAGUCCCCUGCUCAAGCUUUCACCUCUGAAGACGGAGUUCCAAAUGCCCGAGGUCGAAUUCUUGGUGGGAGUAGUGCAAUUAAUGCCGGUUUUUACAGUAGGGCUGAUCAAGAUUUCUACAAUAUUUCUAGAAUUACCUGGGAUUUGAAUGUUGUAAAUCAAUCUUAUGAAUGGGUUGAGAAGGCUAUUGUGUUUAGGCCAGAACUCAAGAAUUGGCAGUCGGCUGUGAGGGAUGGGUUAGUGGAAGCUGGCAUUGAUCCCUUCAAUGGGUUCAGUUUGGAUCAUGUUAUUGGUACCAAGAUUGGUGGCUCCACCUUUGAUAGCUCCGGCCGUAGACAUAGUGCUGCUGAUCUUCUCAACUUUGCAAAUCCUUCAAACAUUCAGGUGGCCGUGUAUGCGAGUGUGGAGAGAAUUCUGCUAGCUCCAUCCCCAGAUUAUUCUGCGUCUAAGCAGACUGCUAUUGGUGUGGUUUAUCGUGACCAAUCUGGACGCUAUCACCAUGCUAUGGUGCGUGAAAAAGGUGAAGUUUUAGUAUCUGCAGGAGCUCUUGGUAGCCCACAGUUGCUUCUCUUGAGUGGUAUUGGUCCAAGGCCUUACCUCUCUACAUGGGGUAUACCAGUUGCUCACCAUUUACCUUAUGUGGGACAGUUUCUGUUUGAUAAUCCAAGAAAUGGCAUCUCAAUUGUGCCACCCGCGCCGCUGGAACACUCUUUGAUUCAAGUUGUGGGGAUAACUAAUUCAGGGGCUUACUUGGAGGCUGCCUCUAAUGUCAUUCCAUUUGCUUCCCCUGUUAACUCUCUUUUUAUGAGAACCUCCCAAUCUCCAGUUUAUCUCACAGUGGCCACCCUCAUGGAGAAGAUUGUUGGACCAGUUUCUUCUGGUUCACUUAGAUUGGGAUCAACAGACGUUAGAAUGAACCCUAUUGUUCGAUUCAAUUACUUCAGCCACCGGGGAGAUGUAGAGAGGUGUGUCAAUGGCACCCGGAAAAUAGCAGAUGUGCUGAGAACCAGAACAAUGGAGAUUUUCAAGUUUGAUCAGUGGUUUGGCGGUAGGGAUUUUAGGUACAUUGGUCCUGCUUUGCCUGUUGAUGAGUCAAAUGAUGAACUUAUGAGGGAGUUCUGUCAUCAGACAGUCAAUACCAUUUGGCACUACCAUGGUGGCUGUGUUGCCGGGAGGGUAGUUGAUCAAAAUUUGAGAGUGAUUGGCAUUGAUGGACUCAGAGUUGUUGAUGGUUCAAUAUUCAGAGUGUCACCCGGGACCAAUCCCCAGGCUACUCUUCUCAUGCUAGGACGGUAUGUUGGUACGGUGAUGCUUAGGGAGAGGUUCGGAUAGUUGCUGUUAUGUUGAUACGAGCUGCUUAGGGAGAGCAUUAUCAGAUAGUUGUAUUCAUCAGUUCCCUUGAUGUGAGCUAACUCUUUUUCUGAGGCAACUGUUAUUCUUCUUUUAUGCGUUGCUGCUUUAUGGUCACAGCUUCUGUAAAUGUUUUUUUUUUGGUUCUCAGAACAACUAGACUGUUGUAAUGUUCGGUUGCAGCUUGUUGAUUCAUUCAUUCACUGUAAAAUGCACGAUUAGAAGUGCUGCUAGUACAUCGGAAAUGAUACUAUCGCUGUGGUGUUUUGGUCAGUUUAA